CUUCCACCCUCCCCCUUUUGCGUGAAGGAUGUAGACGUGUUUGCAUAUUGAAAACUGUCGUUAGAAACGCUGGAAGGAAGGGAGCGUCAUGCGGGAGCAGCGACAUGGGGAGGGUUAUAUGUUUUUCAUUCUUUUAAAGGUUGUGCAACGUAAUCCAUCGCAGCAGUGCGUUUGAUGUACGCUCAGAGACAAAGGAGAAACCAAACCUGACUGAUCUGGAGCUGGAAAUAAAGAGGCUUUGGGAGGCUCGUGGUCGGCUCAGAGUCACCCACCGCGUUUUUUCUUCUUAUUUUUUAAGCCGUUUUUACGCGCAAAGCUUCAACGUUCAUUAAAACUUUUGGGGAUAUUUAUAUAAUAUCUUUUUUUAAAUUUUUUAAUUAAAUACAUCUUCAUUGAUGAUCUCAUAUCUCGACCACUGCUGGAUCUAAGCCUGUAACGGUUUCUUACCAAAUAUAGCCACUGUUCGUGCGUCUUGACGGAGCGGAGCGAGCCUAGAUUGGAUAUUUGCAGCGCUGCCAAAGUUUAUAAUUAAAUCUUCAGCUCGUUUUGAGACAUUACGGUUUUGUACUACCAAGUCAUCUUUUUUAAAUUUGUUUAUUCGCUACUUGAAUCAGUCUCUUUGUUAUUUUAAACAGAACUGUGGUUUUUAUUGAUAUUUUUGUGCCCAUUGUGAAUGCACGCUGACUUAAACUCGCUGUGCAGCCAUUUUUAAGUCUUUGAUUUACAAGCCAGUCUUGAGUCACUGAACACGCUGCUCAACCUGCUCUGGACUGCAGCUUUUAUUCCGUGCACAAUCAAUAUCAGCAGCUUUUUGUUUGUUUUGUUUUGUUUUCACGAAUCCGCAACAAUGAGUUUUUGUGCGUCAGGCUCUGGGCGCGGUGGUGGAUGUGCCAUGGCUCAGGUUUUCCUCACCAUCUGUUUGUUGGUGCUCGGGUUGACGGUGGGUUGGACUGGAGCCGAAGCUGAGCAAGCCAAUCCGACCGAGGGGAGCCCACCGGCGGUCACCCUCCGUACACUGAUAACAGGAACCUGCCAGGAGGUCCAGCGUUACGCGGAGUCCGUGGUGGGGAGCGGCGUGAUCCGGUCAGCUGCUGAGAGUGCAGUGUUGUUUCUUGAGUCAAUGCUUGGUCAGGAGAACAUCUAUACGGUGGCCAUGUUCUUUCAGAUGGUGAUCCGAUUCCUGGCUGAAGGAGCUGCCAGCGGCCUGAACGUCAUCGCUGUUUAUGUCACAGAGAUCCUCAGGGUCACAGGAUUCGAUGUGGCAUUAACGUUGCCCCGCUUCACUCCAGAGGGCGUGACUGCCAUCGCCCAGUGGGGUCUGGUGGCCCUCAUUGGCUACUGGGUGCUGACCAUUGUCCUCCGUCUGCUGAUUUGCGUGGUGAGGCGGGUGUUCUGGGUGGUGAAAACCGUCUUGGCGCUCUGGCUUUUUGGACUCAUUGUGACUGAUAAGACCGCCACUGCAGACACCACGGCGGUUCGAUUGGGUGGACUGGUUCUGGGAUGCGUCUUGUUAACUCUGCUCACUUCGGGCUCUGAAAAGACUUGUAGUGUGGACAACCGGCUGAGCUCCCUGGAAGGCCGGCUGAAGGCUGUAGAGAAGAGGAAAGGGGAAUAGUGACCGGAGAGGGUGGAGGGGAAAGGGGUUAAGAUGGACACGGGUGAUGGCCAGCUAAGAAAAUAGAUAACAUUGAUGAUUUCUGUAUGUGUGUCAAACUAUUAUGGGAAAUAAAAUCUCUGGGAUUUUUAAUCAGAAA